AUGUUUAGCAUAUACAGAGAGGUGGCUGUGAAUUCCAUUGCAGAGGCACUUGAUAGCAGCUUAAAAGACGGGAAGGCCCGAAAAAAGUGUUGCAGAGCACUUUUAAUCUUGUGUGGGCAUUUUUCUUCUACUGGAAAGAUACCAACAAAGACUAGCAUCUUAAAACAAGCAGGUUAUGAUCAUGAUAGCUUAGAAGUGAAACUUCCUGGCCAGCAAGAAGAGGGCCAACAGUCAGAAGUAACCAUUUCAUUGGAAGAUGAAGCCAAAAGAGGUGAAGAGUUUCUAAAGAAGCUGUUGGAGUCGUUGAUUGGUGAUGGAGAAAGCCCAUUUUUGAAGAGUAUAUCUAGAUGUUUAGAUUGUAAGCACCUAGAUUUGGUGAGGGCAUGUCUAAUGAUUGUGACAUGGUUGAGCUCUUCACUUUCCACACUAUAUGGUGCUGGCUUGCAUCUUCCCGCCUUCUUAUCCAUCAUUUCUCAGUUGAAAGGAAUUUUGGAAAAUGGAGAACUUGAGCUCAAGACUCUUGCUUCUUUGUCUUUGCUUAAUUUCAGUAAAAUAUCAGAAUGCAAAACGCUUUUGAAGACUAUGGCAGAAGAUAUUGCUCCCCUUCUUCAUGGACUUGUUGAUGUAACAUGGACUGCAAAACAGCUGCAUGCAAUUGUUUCUAGGGAGAAUUUGUAA